AGCUACCAUGCUGUGACACUUUGCACGGACAGCCUGGGCCAUGUGAGAGGCCUGAGCGCGGAGAGUGGAAGUACCACCGCCUGCCGCCCGUACUUGGUGCGGUCAGGGGACGGAAUGGCGGUGCUGGGAGCCGGGGCUUCCAGCCGCUUCUUGUGGGGACGUGCGAGUCACCCGGUGCUCAGGACAGUGACCCAGCCGGUAGGGUGCUGGGACUGCGGCUGGCAAGCUAAACGGUACCUUUUAACUGAUGAAAUUCUGAAGCUCCGUGAAUUUCAGAAGAAGAAACUAGCCACGGUUUAUCACGUUUAUGGAAAAAAAGAUCUAUAUUUUCAGUCAAUAAAUGACAAACUACAGAAAAACCGAAUCAUCCUUAGAAGUGAAUUACAAACUCUGCUUCAUCUUUGUCAGACACCAGCUGACGUGGAAUUUGCAAAGCAAGUUAUCUAUAGGUACCAUGAAGAAAAUAAAAACGUAAUGUUUGGAGAGUUUAAAUUUGGACCUAUUUUCAUCCGGCUGUGCUAUGAGCUUGAUCUAGAAGAAGCUGCAUUAGAACUACUGAAGGACCAGUCCCUUGGAAAUUUCUUUCAUGACUGCACAUCCUACAACAUAUUGAUGGAUAUGCUCUUCACUAAAGGCCAGUAUGAAGGAGCUUUAGAAGUGUUGGUGCAAAUGCGGAACCAGAAAGUGAGGUUUAGCAAAGACACCUACAUUUUGGCAUUUGCCAUUUGCUAUAAACUGAAUAACUCAAAUUCUUGUAAAAUAUGUACAACCCUCCUCGAUGAAAUUGAGAUGAAGGGGAAUUGGCUUCCAACACAAGCUUCCUGCUUUGCUGUGGCCUUUGCUUUGAAACAGAAUGAUAUUGCAAAAGCCAGGUCCAUAUACUCACAGAUCAGGAAAACUGAUGGCCGAUUGUGCAACAAUUUAAAUCUCCUUAUCAAGGUGCACAACAAUGAAUUGGAAGACGUUCUGCAAAUGCUGGAAGCUGCAUCCGAAAGUCCGGGCCCUGUGUAUGUGAGGAAGAUUGAAUUUUCUGAACAAGUGAUGAAUACUGUUGGGGAGAAGUUAAAGCAUACAAGACUUUACUCACAAUUUAAUCAAAUUUAUAGGAACCUUAAAGAUUCAGGACAAAUAACACAACUGACUCUGGAUGACAUGUUGUGUUACACAUCCAACGAACACAGGCAUGCCCUAAAUUUGUUAAAGCCAAAAAAAGUCAGCCAGAGGACAUUUAAAUCUCUGCAGUCUGCCCUGUUGGCGGAAUAACUAAGUUAUUUGGACUCUUUUUGGGAUACAGUUUUGCAUAAAAUCGGAGAACUAUUAAUCUGUACAAACUCAAAUCUAAUACAAGCAGAACAAAGACUGCAACACUCAACAUCAUGGAGGAGAUUUGUGUGUGUGUGUGAAGUACACUGCCAGGAAAAAGAAUAUUUUUACUAGGCAAGUUUAUGUAUUACGAUAAUUCCUAUUUAAGUGACCUUGAAAUUACCUUUAAAAAUAAAUCCACCAGCUGUCCUGC